AUGGCUCAAGAGUCAGGCAUCAGGCAGAGGACAGCUGCAAAUAGCAACAGCGCCGAGAAGGAAGGGCACGCGCAUCCACAUGCACACUCGCACUCGCACCGCGCGUUUGGACAUCACCAUGACCAUGCACACGAAGGCAGCGUCGAGGAGGCGGACAAACUCCUAGCAGCCCUCCAAGGCAAAGGCGACCGCGGGAGCAACAUCACUGUCAUCGGCCUCGCAUCGAACAUUGCUCUGUGCGCCAGCAAAGGCAUCGCAGGCGUCUAUCUCAACUCUGCCUCGCUCCUCGCGGACGCCGCGCACUCGUUCAGCGACAUGUUCGCCGACAUCGUCACGCUCUUCUGCUGGAAGAUGUCCCAGAAACCUGCGAGUGCGACGCACCCGCUUGGUUACGGCAAGUAUGAGACGAUGGGUUCGCUUGGCGUCAGCCUCGUCCUCGUCGCUGGCGCAGUCGGUAUCGGCUUCCACUCCUAUGGCCUGCUGCUUGAGGCGCUCCAGCCAACAUUGCAGAACGCACCCGCGGCUAUACAGGCGAUUGGACACUUUACUGGCAGCAUCGCGCAUGCCGGCUCCUCCCUGCACGAGCAUGGCGAUGCGGGCACACUGGACCCCAACGCCAUGUGGUUUGCAUUGCUCAGCGUCGUCGUCAAGGAAUGGCUCUACUGGGCUACGCUCAAGAUUGCGCGGGAGGAGAACAGCAGCGUGCUUGAGGCAAAUGCGCUACACCAUCGCUCUGAUAGCCUCUCAUCGGGCAUCACCUUCCUGGCAAUCGGCGGAUCAUGGCUCGGCUUCCCGAUUCUCGACCCACUGGGCGGUCUCCUCGUCGCGGGUCUGAUCGGCAAGCAAGGUGCGGGCCUGCUUAUCAGUGCACUAGGCGAGCUCUCCGACCGCGGCGUCGAGCCGUCCGUCCUGCGCGACUUCGACGCGGCGUUGGCAGGGGUUCAGCAGACGCUAGGGCAGCAGCUGCUCAUCACCUGGAGAGACUUACGAGCCGUCAAGAGCGGCGUCUCGACGUUUGUCGACGUCACACUGCUCCUGCCGCCGGACAUGUUGCUCAGCAAGGCGCGUGACAUCGAGCAGGCCGUCAAGAAGGCGCUCACGGCGGCAGUGAAGGGCGUCAAGGAGGUGCGCGUGCACUUGGACACGGUCGCGGCGCCGCGGAUAUAG